GAACCCCAACACAGAGAGCGACGCGAGAGCGAAAUGAGCUUGGAAAGCAAUAUCAGUCGCUGGCUGCCGUAUAUUAGACACUUUCUUCCAUAAGCUGCCAUCAGAGUCGAGUGAUUAUUAGUAUCGCUAGCAGUGUGGCUGACAGUAUUCGGUUAUUACAUAAAAUACGGGAAAGGAAAAUUGUUAAAUUAAUGUCCGUGUGUGCACUGAUCGUUUUCGUUGUUAAGUGCACAAAUUUUCCGUGCAAACGCGCUCUGAGUGUGUGAUCUAGGAUGUCGAAAUAAUCUUCGCUUAAAUACGAUAGCAACAAAGGAAGAGCAGCCUUCUGUUCCAGCAAGAGGGAAAUUUCUGCUCAGAUCCUGAGAGCUUUGAUGUGAAAUUCGUGAUUCCUUGGCUGAAGUGCAGUCCCUCGAAUGGUGUUCUCUUUUUUCCUAAAAGCAAUGUGGAUGAAAGCAGCAAAAGAGGAAUAUUCUUGUUCUGUAGUGCCCGUGAAAAUGUAUGGUUAAAGGCUGCCCAGCGUUAGCCUUACUUUAGAAUAAGCCUCUUGUCCGUGGAAAUAGAGUGAAGCAGGAAUGCCCUUGGAUCAAAGUGGAAAAUAUGAAAAUCCGACUCAGUUCACAAAUUGGUGUUCUGUGAAGUGAGGGAAAACCCCAAAAAGAAUACGAAGAAGUGUGUACGGCGUGAAUGUUUGUGAUCAAUAAAAACACAAGGAAGAGAAAAUAGAAACACCAGCAGAGCGGAAUUGUGUAGCUGAUGUGUGAGCAGGGUGAAAAAUCUUGUCCUUUUUGAUGAUUCUGGCAGCAGACAGAAGCUAGGAAAACAACAAGGUCCGGAAUGGUGGCGGGAAUAGCAGGAAUGCCACCUCUUAGUUAAAAUUUAGGUUAACAUGGAACCUUCGACGGAAACGGAUACAUAUCAAAUCGAAUGCCUCGUUUGUACGUAUAUACAACAAGAAGAAUAGUGUAAGUUCCAGUAGAGUGCAGGUGGUGUUGCCGUAACCAGUAGCUUUAAAAUCGAAAUGAAUUAGAAGUCUCGGUGAAUCGGAGGAAAUCGAUUUCAAUACCUAUACAUAUCAGAUAAAGUGGCUUUCCAUUAUAGCAGUGAACGUGUGCAACCUGCGGGGUGAAGCGAUAGGCCAAAGCCGGAAGCAAUGUGAGAUAAAAAUCAAAUAGCAUCUAAAUGAAAAAGUGCCAGCAAAAGUUUCGUCCGAAAGCUUGAAAGCAAGUGAGAUAGAGAAAGGCGGCUUUUUGAAAAGCUCUCAGUGAGUGUUCGAUUGCCAGUCGUUAUAAAUGAAUGGGGUACUAAUAUAGUAAGAAGAAUAAGAAGAAAAAAUCAAUCAUCAAAUUGCAUCCCGCCACCUCCGGAGCAGCUUCUUGUUGUUGUUGGUGCACGCCACCCAACGGCACCCGAUGCAUUCCCAGUGCAGAUGGAAUCAGCGGAAACGGAAAUACUAGGAGAUCGUUUCUGCUGCUCACACCGAUGCCCACAAAACGACGCGGUGAUCAAUUGAGGGAUUGCUCCGUUUCGUUGCCAUUGGACAUUCUAUGGUUACCCAAAGCGGCUAUGAGGCCCAUUGGGCCGCCCGACACCUCCCACUCAGAGUGCGUCCUCAUCGUAGGCGUAUCCCGUCCUAAGCUAGCGGCUCUGUUCUUAUCGGUUAUGUUGUUAUCGCUUUUCCUUACGUUCCACAUCCUGUACGACAGUGCCGUCUACAGUAUACAGGCGGCAACAGCCAUAUCCGAAAACAAGAUCGCCAUACUAACAAAUCACAUUCCACAUCCACCGACGAUUAAUCAUCCCGUGGUAUUUCCCAACAGGAUCCAUUUCCCCAAGACGAGCAGAAGACUUCCACAAUGUUUGAUAAUUGGAGUGAGAAAAUGUGGCACACGUGCGCUGCUGGAGAUGCUGUAUCUUCAUCCGCGGAUCCAGAAGGCGGCGGGCGAGAUUCAUUUCUUCGACCGCGACGAAAACUAUCUCAAGGGGCUGGAAUGGUACCGGAAGAAGAUGCCUCACUCGUUCCGCGGCCAGAUUACCAUCGAGAAGAGCCCCAGCUACUUCGUGACGCCCGAGGUGCCGGAGCGCGUCCGCGCAAUGAAUGCGUCCAUAAAGCUGCUGUUGAUUGUGCGAGAACCGGUGACGAGGGCGAUAUCGGAUUACACUCAGCUUCGAAGUCACGCCGCGACGGCCACAUUGCCACAGCAACAAAGUUUAUCUUCCACAUCGCCACUAUCCAGGUCAUUCGAAGAUUUGGCGAUUCUGCCAAAUGGAACCGUUAACGAAGCGUAUCGUCCGCUGGCGAUAUCACAGUAUCACGUCCACGUGCACAGGUGGUUGGAGGUCUUCCCACGGGAGCAAUUACUCGUUGUCAACGGCGACCAACUGAUAGAGGAUCCCGUGUCGCAGCUUCGCCGAAUCGAGGAUUUUUUAGGCAUCGAGCCCCGCAUCGGUAGCAACAACUUUUACUUCAACGAGACGAAAGGUUUCUACUGUUUGCGCAACGAAACCGGUGACAAGUGCCUGCGGGAGACGAAAGGCCGCAAACAUCCGCGGGUCGACCCGGUUGUGGUGUCCAAGCUGCGCAAGUUCUUCGUCGAACACAAUCAAAAAUUCUACGAACUGGUCGGCGAGGAUCUUGGCUGGCCGGAAGAGUAAACGGAGUAAAGAGUCGUUGGUUGGUUGCGCUGAGCUAGAGGCCGUCAGACAGACAAUCUUCGGUUCGCCGAUUUUUGCUGCGUUUUGGUUCUGCUUUUGGGAGCUGCCACCUAUCUACCUAUUCUUCGCAACGCGUAUUCAAUCCAACAAUCGCACAAAUGAAGGUGAGCGUCUUUAAUUCCUCGAAACGUCCAUUGGAGGGCAUAUGCUGUACUGCAGGUGAGUGUUAGACAAGAACUGAAUCGAAUGUGAAAAAUCAAAGAAAGGAGAGAAAGAAACGAAUGAAAUCCAGCAAACAUUUGCUGAUUAGAACGACGAAGAAAGUGAGAAAGUGGUAACAACUAGCGCUGCGUUUUUAAAACGCUUAGAUAGGUAUUAAUUAAUAUGAAAUCGAUAUUUUCCUACCGCGGGGGGUGCUUAUAACGAGGAGCUUCUUAAGAGAACUGGUACCGGAUAAUGCUUAAGCACGUUUUGAUUUUAUUAAAUAGUGAGUAAAGAAUUUGAUACGCAAGAGUGGUUGAAGUUGUUACAUUUUAUUGAAAUGAUUACACUCGUGAAACAAGGUAAAAUACAAUCAACCAAUUUGUUUCAUGAUGAGCAACUAUAAUUAGAUGUGUUUUAAAAACGAU